AUGGUGCCCUCAUCAGUCUCGCCCCCUCCAAGUCCGAAUGAAGCAGUUCCUCGACUAUCCCGAGGUGCAAUGCUAGCAGACAGAGGAACUGUUCAGCUAGAACACCGUGAUCUUCCUUCAUGGACACCAUUGGUUGUUUCGGAUAGCGAAGGCGGUAUGGAUGAGCUCCCUUUAGGUGUGGAGGAAUCAAAAGCCUCGCCUUCGAAUGCAAGAAAAGCACUGUCACAGAAACGCAAGAAAAAUCCAGACCAUGGUCCUCCGAUUGCAAUGCCUCGACGAGAAGUUCAGCAGGCACCUUCAGGCGUCUACUCUAGGUUGGGGGAUUCCCGCGGUUCCCAAAGUUUGCAGGAGAUACUGCAAGCAACAUUCAGCGCCAAUGCUUCAUGCAAUACUAUCUCUCCGCCAGCCGCACCUAUUGACAGCGAGGGGAGCAGCACCGACGUGCAAACUGUGAUUUAUAACAAACAGUGCCGCCAGAUUCAUAAUACUCGCAGGAGUACAAGUCAGGAAGGUUCAGAGGCUAUCGCAGUAGUCGAUGCUCCAAUACCUACUGCCACCACAGCGGUUCCGACCAUAACUCGGCGCAAAGCCGCGCCCGCCAUUCCUUACGAGUCUAUGCAAAAGGUUAUUGAUGCUGCAUUGGACACUCGGGUAGCCAAAAUUGCUUGGCGUCGUCGGCGCAAUGCCACAGGGUGCGGCACCAACGAAGAUGAGACUUCGAGGACGAACUGCUUACCCUUCGAAGACGCCAUUUUUGACUUCGAUGUUUCAACCUCCGCACGUCAGGAAGAUCACCACAGUAAAAUCAAGUCGGAGCUAGCUCCAGUCGAGGACGAACAUUUUGCCUUGCCGCGCGAAUUUACGCGAAAGCUUGAUGGCGUUCACGCUACCUCUCUUCCACAGCAAUCUAGAGGGGAUAGAUUCAACGAACGACUGUAUGUAAUGUUUGGGGGCGCAGACACACCUCACUCGCCUGACGGAUUAAUUGCUCACGCAACUGCAGAUUCGGCAUCUAUCUUCGCGCCAGUGCGCGAGGCUGCAGCAAGCAAAGAACACAGCCCUGUCUCAUUCAGCGAUUCAGGAGUAUCCAUUGACACGUCGCUCUCGCAAAGCACCCAAGCUACAAGUAUUUUUGGGCGCAACGAUGUCUCUCGAAAGAGAGCUUAUACGAUGGAGAGUCACCUCGGGGAUGAACCUGGUCGAAAGAAGCAUAAGAUUGAGGUUGCAGAAGACCUGGUGUCCAAAUGGAUUGCGGCGUUGCAACGACUUGUCAAGGGAAAAACGAAGAUUGGCCACAAGGACAUGGAGGAUUUGAGCAUAGUAUUGGCUGAGAUAGAGUCUGCAUACCCCUACCUAGAUUCAGAACUUGCACAGGUCACUUGUCUUCGAGACGUCUUACAGCAGAUGGCGCAGUUGGAAGAAAUUCCAUUCAAGGACGAACAUGACCUUCGCCGUCGCACAGAUGAGAUUAUCGCAGAAUGGCCUAGUGUUAAAGCCUAG